AUGUCUUCUAUGGACAUACCACAUAAGUCAGCCUCCCCAGAGAACGACGCUCCAAGGCCAGACUGCAUAUCUGAUGAAGAUGUUGGAGCUUCUUGUCGACAAAAUUUCAAGGAUGGAGAUGAAUAUGUUGGCCCGCCCAUCCACAGUAAACCUCACAUUUUCAACCCGGAAAGGGAAGAUUGCAAGAUACAUGUUCGGGGCAUCGAUUCGUUGUGGGACAGCAAAAACGAAACAAAUGAGAGAGCUAAUAUACGAAAAAAACAAACAGGCAUUAGAGAUGAGAGUGAAAAUGAUGCCAACAUUGUUUUCAAGUGUCCCAACCAACAAAGAAUUCAAGAACUGCAGUCAACCUUGGGGCAACUGCUCCGAAUCGGUGCCCUGGAGGGCUCUGCAUGGACAGAGAAACCCCCGAAGACGCCGUGUUGUCUUGUAUUUCCAGAUGAUCAAUCUGAAAAAAAAUCCGAAAACUCAUACCUGUAUUAUGUGUCAGCUGGUAGUGGACUCAAUGAAUCAUCAUGCAAUAAUCCGCUUAUUGUAGUCGAAAAGAUCAUGAGCGAAUCCGAUUCUUUUCGUGUUGCAACUUCUCUUCACCUUAAGCUCCAAAGCGAAAGUCCUCAAGAUGAUGUUAUUCGUUAUGUGAAAGAAGAUCUUACAUGUUAUAUAAAGGAAAUUAAACAGUAUGGUUUCGAUCAUAUCAUUAUCAUUGGGGAACGUUAUUGUGGAAUGCUUUUUCUGGACUGCUAUGGUCGUGUAUUUGAUUUGGAUUCUAUGAUGAAUGUAUUAUGGUUUCUUGGAAAUUAUUUCGAAAUAAUGUCAAAGGAAUCCGAGACUGGCCGGGUGGCAUGGGAUGUAUUGGAUGAUGGAAAUAUAUUUGAGAUCGAUAAAUGUAUGUGUAUGUAUUUUUACUCAUAUCUUACCUUAAUUUUUUAUAACUAUUUUCUUUUCUUUCAGAUUUACCAGAAAAACACAACACUCACCCAAUUGUGA